AUGCGCCCCUGUGCUAUAGCACCACCACCUUGUCCUGCCGCUGCACUGCCCCGGUGCGCUGCAGCGCCAUGGGCAACAGCAGCAGGGAGGCUGCGGCAUCCUACAGGGAAGGCCCGCUGCUGGACGCCGCGUUCCUGUCCUUGUUUCGCAACAAAUUGGCACAGGUGGGUGUGGCGUGCUGCGGCAUUCGCGCUCGUAACCCUGGCUAGGCAGGAAGUGGGACGCGACGCGGACAGGCCUGGCUACGAUGGCUUGAUUCAAUUGUCCCAGCUUCUCAUGGCAAAAUACAAGGCCAAGUCCGAUGUGGAGCAAGCCACGGUGCGCAUUCUCAACUCCAUGUUUCCACAGUCGUUGCUGCGCCUCUUUAGAGCCGUGGUGCUACCUAUCAACAAGGGAAAGCUUGCAGCCAUCCUAUCCGCUAGAGUGACUCAAGCGACUUGUCAAUGGCUCAUGGGAACCUGUUCUAUCGGCAGUGUGGAGCUGUCGGACGGAACCUCCAUUCCAAGCGGGGUUCUCGUCGAAAAAUGCAAAUACCUGGAGCACUCCAAGUGCGCUGGUAUCUGCAUCCAUACUUGCAAGUUGCCCACGCAGGCGUUUAUCAGCAAGGAAUUGGGAGUGCCACUGCUCAUGGAACCAAACUUCGCCGACUUGAGUUGUCAGUUCAAGUUUGGCGUGGAAGCCCCUUCGCCGGAGGACGAUCCAUCGGUUUCAACGCCGUGCCUGGAAAUGUGUCCCACCGCCAUUGCUCGCAAGAGCAGCACACCCCUGUGUCCCAAGGUCUAGGGAGAAACUGCUACUAACGAGCGCUGCCAUAGGAUAUGGAUGAUCUAUCCGCUAUGUGUACUGCUUAAGAUACUCAGACGCAACCAGGCGUCCUCGAGUGUUCACAGAGAGCUUAAGCUCACUUAUCUCCUUGUCAAUAUCCUGCAGAGCAAACGUUUCAGACGGCUAGCCAAGCCCAAUCUCGCAGCUCACCUCCAUAAACCUGACAAUGAAGUCAAUCAGCCUGUGCUUGUU